AUGUAUUCGCUCCUUUUCUGGUUCGCCGCCGCGCUCUUCACCUCGGUUCAUGGGGCAAAUGAUACAGGAUCUGCUCCAGGUGCUGCUCAAGGGGUUACUGGUGGAGGAAAUGCCACACCCGUUACGCCUACUACAACUGCACAAUUGAUCUCCUACCUUACUGACUCAUCACCGCGAGUUAUUCUUAUUACCAAGACCUUCGAUUUUCGUGGUAGUAUGGGCACCACAACAGCGGCUGGAUGCAUACCAUCGAGCAAUACAUGUGGAUCUAGUGGACAAAAUGCCAUUAACGCAAAUGGCUGGUGUGGCUCUAGUCCAAAAACUACAGUCAGCUACGACAACGCUGGUACCACAGCAAUUCUGGUCAAGAGCAACAAGAGUAUCAUAGGGGUAGGCAGCGCCGGUGUAAUUGUUGGCCGAGGACUCAAUCUAAAGGGUGUUACCAAUGUCAUCAUUCAAAAUAUUCACAUUACCAACCUUAACCCUUCAUUGAUUUGGGGUGGUGAUGCUAUCACAUUAGCGGGCACAGAUUUAAUCUGGAUCGACCACUGUAAAUUCUCCCUCAUCGGUCGACAAAUGCUCGUCACUGGAUACCAAGCCGCUGGUAGAGUCACUGUUUCCAACAAUGAAUUUGAUGGCAAAACUUCUUGGUCUUCAUCUUGCAACAAUCAACAUUACUGGACAAUGCUCUUCCUAGGUGCCUCAGACUAUAUCACUCUCUUGAACAACUACGUCCACGAUUGUUCUGGUCGUGCACCAAAAGUAGGAGGAAGCGGUACUAUAUACAUGCACGCAGUGAACAAUUACUUUGCGAGCAUCGAUGGUCAUGAUUUUGAUGUCGCUAAAGGCGGUGCCGUCUUAAUGGAGGGAAAUUAUUUCAAAACUGUCAAAACGCCUAUCACAGCUGCAUCUUCCACGGCAGGAGGAUCCAUCUUCAACGCUGUCGCUGGAACAGAGUCUUCUUGUUCUGCUUCUCUGGGUCGUGCUUGCUUCUCAAAUGCAGCGGAUGGCUCGGGAAAAAUUACUGCUUUUAGUAAAACUGACUUUUUUUCCUCGUUUAAAUCGAAGGGGAUGAGUAGUUUUCCUGCUGCUAUUGCUGCUUCGGGUGUUCCGGCUUAUGUGAUGGCUAAUGCUGGGAUUGGGAAGAUUAAGGGGGGGGUUGAAGCUCGGGAUCGAGCUGUUGAUUCGGAGAAGAGAGCUGAAGCUAUCUAG